AUGUCCACUACUUUGUCUGCUGAGAAAUAUCCAACAUUAUCUUUAGUGAUUCCAUUGUUCCAUGGAUUUGAAUAUACUAUAAAACAAACUACUCCCAGCACUGAAAUUGGAAAAUCGUUACAACUGAAGAUUUUGGAAGUUGUCACACGAAGACUUGGUGGUUAUGAAAGUAACAAAACUGUCGCCAAGUCUACGUUUUUGGACCCCAGAUUUAAAAAAAUUGGAUUUGGUUCAGAGGACAAUGCAAACAACGCUCAAAAGUGGAUUACGGAAGAACUAUCGCAAAACAUAUUAAGCAAUCAAACUAUGGCUCACAGCACAUUGGAAUCUGCUAACUCAGAAAGUCUAAAUCUGCAUGCAUCAACUGAAGGCAUAUGGGCACACUUCGAUAGUAAGGUUACGAAUAUUAAAAGCCAUUCAACGCCUGGAAGCCUAUUAAUUUUAAUGGUGAGACAGUACCUUGAAAUGCAACCACUUCCAAGAACUGAAAAUCCCUUAGAAUGGUGGCGUCGUUACAAAACAACCUUACCCGAAAUGUAUGAUCUGGCUGCCAAAUAUCUUUUGCAUCCCGGCAACUUCAGUUCCAUCGGAAGGAAUUUUUCUAAAGCUGGCCAGCUCACGUGUUCGAGAAGAAAUAGACUUGGUUCCAAAAAUGUUGAUAAAAUUAUUUUCUGA